UCGCAGGAUCACGAGGACAACGAUGCUCGAACAUACAAAGCAGCAGGUAAACAAGUCUGGUCGAGCUGCUGUAGUGAUGCUCAGUAACGGCGAUUUCAAAGCGUUUCGCACAUUGCAGGAUGACGGGGGUUUCAUAACCAAGACGCAAAGCAACAGUGCUCUUCAGUCGCAAGGUGCGUGUACGCGCUCACAAAUGGGACAUUUUGGAGCACAGCUGAGAGCUUCAAAACUGCGUCUGUACACUUCAUAGUGCUUAAUGCGAUGGGACCCAUCCUGCAGGAACGAACUGCGUCUGCGACACUGAGGAAGGUGCCAGGCAAGGAGAAGGUUAGAAUGAAAAAUGCAGAAAACACUGGAAUUGUUGCCAGCAAUAAUAAGAGAGGAGGAAAUGUGAAUCAGAAUAAGAAACCUCUUAAAAAAACAGUGCCCUUGCAUCCAGGGCAAGAGAAGGAUCCUCUGCCCAAAGCCGAAAUUGUCCAAAAUGGCAUUAAACCAAAGAAAGCUAAGAGUCCGACUGGUGGCACUUGCAAGUUGCGUGGCACACAGGGUGAAUCAGACCUGCGGCCUCCACGUCCCAAACUGUCUUGUCCGGAGCGCGGACAGGAGAGGCAGAAAAUCCAACUGGAGCCUCAGUGCUGUAAAGAGAUGCUACAGAGCCACGUGGCCUUGGAGAAGAGCCGUCGUGCUCUAUCGCUGCCCUUGGCUCCUCAGCCAAUGCUGCAGCAGUUCCCCUCGCAGAAACAACUCCCAGACCUGGACUCACUCCACUUCCUGGAGCACAAGGAGGACGACAUGGACAGCGCCAGUGACCUGUCCGACUCUGAGAGGCUCCCUGUGCUGCCUUCCCCCUGCACUCCUCCUCAGCUCAACCUUCGAGCCGAAGUAAUCAACUCCAUGGACCUGCAUCCCCACAUACCUGGACCCAGGACAGUGGAGAACAAUGAAGUCAGCUAUAGCUACCCAGACUUCCUGCCACCUCCGUUCAAUACUUGGAGCCUGAGGCAGCUCGCCAUCUUCCUCAACACGGAGGGUAAGCGAGCUCCCCGGCCGAAACCCGUAGGGCAGCUAGAGAAGUAUUUAGAGCGCCUCCUCCAGCUGGAGUGGCACCAGAUCCAAACCAUUCAGGCUGAGAGCGGACGGCACAUUGUGCCCAUCAUCCGAACAAGAGGUCAGUCUGCCAGUGUUCUAGCAAACGGCAACCGGCCAAGGCCUCAUACUGCUCCUCCAACACGCCUCAGCUCCCCAAAAAGCUUUCGGCAGGGUCAGCAGGCCUUCUUCUCUUCAGUGGCCAGCCCAUCGUACACCCAGCUUUUUCGUCCUGUCUGCCCCCACUGCCACAUCCGCUAUCCACUCUGCAAUGGCACUUGCUCUUUGUACGCCUACCAGCGGCAUUCCCGUCUCAGCCCCCUGCUAGAGCGCAAAGCUCCCCCUACCAACACCCAAAAGAGGAGCAGCAGCGAAAGCCGGGCUUCCACCUCCGAAAACCGUGCUACUUUGAAAAACCAGCUCCCAGUCAGUCCUCAGGCAGCAAAGGCUCAUCAGAAGCACAUGCAAGCCGUGGGAAAUGUGCGCAGGGCGUCUCAUGAACUUAACACAAAUGACAAAUCCCAUUCUUCUGUCAGGAAAGGAAAGACUGGAAGGUCAAAUGAGGCAGACAAACAAAAAGAUCCACCUGGAGGAAAAUGUGGAGGGGUUGAUAGGCGGGAUCCUGUCGGUAUGAAACGCGAAGGUGGUGGUCCUGGGAAAAAAAUGUUUAAGGAUGGUCCAAGAGCCGAAACGGCUGAAGUACGACUAAGAUCUGGCAUUAAAAGAAUGGUCACUGAUGGCUGCGAUGCAAAGGUAACGUCAGCUACCAAGACUCCUGGCAAAAUAAAAAAUUCUCAAUACGCCAAGUAGUUAGUGCACCUUUCACGCAAUUUUCAGUAGCCUCAAAAACAUUUACAUUUUGCAUACUGUAAAGAAGAGCUA